UCAAAAGUGAUGACGUUUUUCUCAAAGCACAUGCAUGUGAGAAUGGAUUUAGAAGUGGUUGUAGGAACCUAUGAAGAGAUUUUGCUUGGAUUCAGAGUUGUUGUUGUUGGCAAGGAUUUCCAGUUAGAGCCAAGUUUUACAGACCAUUCUCACUCUGGUUGUAUCAAACAUUUAGCAGUGUCCAGAAAAGGAAUCCUUGCCUCUGGAGGAACAGAUGAAACCAUUCAGCUGUUCAACCUUAAGAAAAGGUCACAGUUAGGGUCCUUGGGUCAUCACUCUGGUUCGUUGACCUGGCUACAAUUUUUCAAUAAUACCCAUUUGUUCAGUGCCAGUGAAGAUGGAACACUGUGUAUAUGGAAGACAUAUACUUGGGAAUGUCUGAAGACUUUAAGGGGACACAAAGGUCCAGUCCUUUCUCUGUCAGUCCAUCCUAGUGGGAAGUUAGCAUUAACAGUGGGUCAAGAUAAAACACUGAGGACCUGGAAUCUCAUCACAGGAAAAUCAGCUUACAUCACAAACAUCAAGAGAGCUGCUGAUAUUGUAUGCUGGUCUCCAAGUGGUCAUUUUUAUGCUGUCGUUUUUGCCAAUAAAGUGGAUGUCUACAAACUUGAGACUGGCAGUGUUUGCUCUUCCUGGACAACAGAACACAGAGUUAACAGCCUUGCCUUUGUCAAUGACAAUGUUGUGUUAUAUGGUGGAGAGGGAGGGGUGGUUUCUUUUUAUGACAUCAACAACAACACAGAACUGGCAUCAGUCAGUGCUGACGUCAACAGGAUCAGGGGUAUCUGUGCUGUAAAAUCAGAUCCAGCUGAGGAGGAUAAGUAUUACGUGUUUACAGCCUCCAGUGAUGGUUUUAUCAAGAUGUUCUCCCUUACUACCAAGGAGGAGAAGGUGAAUAUGAAGUUACUAGCCUCACACAAUGCAGGAUUUAGGUUGACUUGUAUUACUGUAAUGGCACCCCAGACUUCAGAGGAGGAGAAAGUGUCAAAGGUGAAAGUAGAGACUGAAAGUGUCCUCGAGGAAGACAACAGAACACUUGAGGACAGACUGUCAAGUGAGGAAGAAGUUGAGGACAGUAAAUCAAAUGAAAAGAAAAAAUUACAAAAACAGAAGAUUGGCAAAAAAGAAUACACACAGAAGAUAGAGAAAAAAUUGAAAAAGGAACUUAAAAAGCAAAAUAUCAAGCGGUUAGGAAAACAGCCACUGCAGAAAAAGAAAGGAAAGAAAAUCAAGAAAGAGAUUGAAGAUACAUAAAUUUAUUUGUAAAUAAAUCAAUAAAUAUAAUGAAAUA